UCGACUGCCGGCGUAGGCAUGGUGUUAUCUGUUUACAUUAUUUUGCUCCGCUUUUGCUUCAUUUUUUGACCUUAUUGAAAGUGAUCUUGUAUGAUUUGACGAUAUUAACAUGCCCGACGUUGUUCUACAGCACAUUGUGAGUUGCAGCAGUGAAGAUCCUGCAUUUCCUGUUAAAAAUCUUUUAAACUCAAGUCGGAAAUGGCGUACGAAAAAAGACGGAGACAGCAUUGCUACGGUUGUCAUUCAGCUUGAAAAAGAAACGAAAAUAAAUAAAAUCGACAUUGGAAACAAUGGUUCGGCGUUUGUUACUGUGCAUGUUGGCAGGUCGAGUGCUCCAGAAAAAGACUAUGAAGUCUUGCUGGUAAACUCCUCGUUUAUGACCCCAUCUGAGUCUCGCAGUGGCACUGACAUGACUCGUGUCCGAAUGUUUGACGGAGACAAACUCUGCCAGGACACAGUGAAGCAAAAUUGGGACAGAAUCAAGAUCGUUUGCCAACAGAAAUUCAACCCGCAUGCACAGUUUGGCUUGUCAUUUAUAAAACUUCAGGCUCCAGCGGACAGCAGCUCAUCCAAGGGCACAUCUUCCCUGGGCAGGUUUUUGAUCAAAGAUGAGGAAGAAGACAACAUUUUGCCAGGAAGCCUCUUUGCACGGCGGAAGGCCAGUACAGAUGGGCUAACAGCAUCACCAAAAACAGUGAAUGCAGCCAUCUCAGAUGCGUCUAGCUCCCCACAAGUAGUUCCAGAGAGGACAAAGGCGGCGGUCAUCUUUCCAAAGAAGAGAGACCACUCACAGGGCACAAAAUCACCAGAUGCGAAAAAAAGGAUGCUGAAUUCCCCAUCAACUUCAGCAACAACUGCAUCACCCUCAGACCGAGUUGGAAGAAUCAGAAAGAAGCUUGAGAAGGGAAGUGAUGAAGAAGAUGACAUGGAAGAAAUUGAAGUUUCUACACCUAAAGCUAAGGAGCAAAAGGGCCAUCUAAAGGAUAAGCCUCCUUCAGCACAAAAUAAAAAAUGUACUCCUAAAUUGGACAAGAAAACGGAAGUCAAAAAGCCUGAACCAAAAACAGGAAUAAAAAGAAUGCAGAAGAAACUGCCUUUCGACCAGCUUUUGAAAGGAGUGACAAUUGUGCUGAGUGGAUUCCAAAAUCCAGCCAGAGGGAUUCUGCGCGACAAUGCAUUGGACAUGGGCGCCAAGUACAAAGCAGAUUGGGACAAAACAUGCACCCACCUAAUAGGCGCAUUCUCCAACACGCCAAAAGUAAAGCAGGUCAAAGCCAUGGGCAAUGGAAAAAUAGUGACAAAGGAUUGGAUUGACCAGUGCUUCAGAAAGAGAACAAGGUUCCCUUGGCGCAGAUUUGCUCUGGAAAAGGCAGACCAAGAUGAAUCUGAGAGCGAAGAAGAAAUUUUGGUAGACACUGGAGACGCUCCUGGAACUUCCUCUGCUGGUCCGAGCAAUGUACCAGACGUUGUUGAACAGGACAGUAGUGAAGAUGAAGAGGCUCAAAUCCUUACAGUUAGUCCUGAUCCCAAAACAAAUGGGAAAAAAGUGAUUGACGUGUAUGAUGUGGAGACUGACAUAGACAGCGACAGCGCUGAGGUGGAAAAGUGGCCAACCCUUCCUGAAAUCUUCAGCGGUCUCCGUUUCACGUUGCAUGAGGAACUGGCUGAAGACGUGAAGAAGACCCUAAAACGCUACAUCAUUGCAGCCAAAGGGAAAAUCGAAGACCAACUAAAUGAUGAUGUCAAAUUUCUUGUCACCCAAUCAAAGGAAGGCCUCCGUGAGCUUCAAGAGUUCUACCCAGACAUACAUGCGGUGAAACCAUCCUGGAUCUGGGAAUGCUACAAUAACAAUAAGUUAACUUCUUUUGACAAAUAUCAAAUGGCGUGUUGAUUGCUUAAUAAAAAGCACUUUUGUACAGUUCUUUUAAAUCUUAA